AUGGCGCAACCCUCUUCUUCCUCGAUGCCUCGUGCAGGGCGCGACACGUCCUUUCUCUCUUUCAACGAUGCACCUGACUUGCCCGCACUUCCGCAGCCAGCCAACUCUUUUGCGGCUCCAUCGCUCUCUACCAAUGCGAGCACCUCUUGGCACCAUGGGCCAGCAUCUCUUGACUCGCAAAUCCCUGUCAAACCAUCGUCCUCCAGUCGCGCAUCUCCAUCCAAACCGUCUCGGUUUCUGCGAUCACGCCCUAGCAGUUCCCAAGACCUUGCCACUGCCGCUCUUUCAGAUGCUGGCCAUGCUUCCACUCCUUCCGAGUCACCUCAGUCUUCUCCAUCACGAGCUGGCGCUAAAGCAGCUUCCUCCCGCGGCAGCCGUUUAGGCGCUCUCUUGGCAAGAUCCUUGCCCAGCCACGAUUCCGCCCAUGCCAGAAACGCUUCUUCUUCUUCCACUACCCACGCUCACACUGAAACCGCCUCCUCCGCCGAUUCGGGCUUCUUUGGUCGGCGUACCCGCUCAAAAGCUUUUGCCGCCAGCGUUGACGUCCAUCCAGCCUCGCAGCCCGGCGCAUCUGCAUCAAUCGAUACCACCCAAACUCUGGUCGCCACACACUCAUCUCAGGAUGCCACUCGAUCCGUAAGCGCCCUCGGCAUGCUCGAUUACAGACCCGACCCUUCAAAUUCCGACGCCAACUCUCUGAUGCGCGACACUACCGUCAGCAAAAGGCGUUUGGCACGGCCAUCGUCACAACAAAACCUCUUGGACUCUUUCGCUGCCUCCUCACACACGGAUUCCAUCCUCAGAGCGUCUUCUUCUUCUUCUUCUUCUUCUUCUACCGCCGCCCCACAGCAAUUCCGAGGUGGUCGUCUCGGUCGGCUCGCCUACAAAAAGGAUGACUCGAUAGCGUUCAUCGCCCAGUCUCGAAACGCAUCACAUCGAAUGACGGCCGGAACACGUAGCAGCAGCUUGCAGGGCACAGAUUAUGCGCAUCAACAGCCGGACGAACGCUUUCAACCUUCAGUCCACGGCACCACCCGUGGCCUCGGCAUCGAUGAUGUGGCGGCGCCCCACACUUCGACCUCCUCCACCCGUCGCUACCAAGAUGCGGACCACUCUGUGGAAUCAGACAAUGCCGUCGGUGUUGCGUCAAGUCGCUUCGACCCGCCAGCUACCGCAAGUUCGAGCAACGCGUCGUCGCGCGCACCUUCGGCAGCUGGCUCGCACGCCGCAAAUUACCAUAAUCGCUUCAGCCGGCAGGGUCUCUCGCAGGAACUGGCAAUGGACCCAUCUCGAGAGUCAGAUUCACAACCAACGCAACCUUCCAAUGAGACGGCCGCGUCUGCUGCACACUCGGCUCGCACCUCGUGCGAGAGAAGCAGCGCCUCGCCUCGUGGCAUUUUGUCUGACUCGGCGAUUGCCGCGCUCGGUGCCAUGCCGGGCGCAUCCGCUAGUUCGCUGCUCAAUACCAACGGCGCUCCCCUCAGCAGCAAGAACAUCCUCACCAUCGCCCUCCAAAAGGCGCAGAAUGCUGUCCAGCUCGAUAGCGCUAACAAUGUGCCCGAAGCCAUCGCCGCCUACAAGCAGGCGGUGCGCUUGCUUGAGGAGGUCAUGGAACGCAUCGCCCCUCGCAACGGCAAACGCUCACGACCGAGCAGGGAGGAAGAACGCAGACGCUUGCGGGUCAUCCACGACACUUAUGCCGAUCGUAUCCGUUUGCUCUCGAUGAUCUACUCGCCCGAACCGGACGGCCACGACGAGACAACCGACACGAGCUUCAGCAGCAAUCAGCAACUGGCAUCCACCAAGCCGGAUUGGCUCGAUCGUGUGCGCGUUCACAGCCAGGAGGAUCCAGCUGAAAUAACGCCAAGGACGAAAGAUGAUCUUUUGGACGCCAACAUGCAGCGCUCACCUCGAGACGAUACGCAGAGCUUCCUUUCACUGACACCUGUGGGCACCGCAUUUGCUGCAACUUCGCCUCCACCUAACGUCAAUGCAGCGCCUUUGACAAGGUCGCAACAUCCUUUCCCCGGAUCACCGCCAAUGCCCAAUGCUCCUCUGUCACCACUUUCUCCUGCCUCGAACACGUCUCCGCGCCGACCUGUCGGUGAAUUUGCAAGACCAGGCUCGAGAGAAUCGCACCGCAGCCAUGCUUCUGUCUCGCUCUCGAUCGCCGACGAGCAGGAAGCGCAAGGCUACCGUUUGCCGCCUCCUGUCAUCGCUGAAGAGACGUCACGCGUCUCAGUCGACGAUCCUGUUCCAAGUGCCGCAGACAGAAUGGCGUCGUCGUCACCUAAAAAGGAAGCGCUUCGGGAUGCCUCAACGCGGGUGCGCGAAGAAGAUGCGCUGACGCAGCAGCACGGCAGGUCCGACUCGGAUAGCUCUUACAAGAGUUCGACGACGACCUCACGCUUGAAAGCAUCCAAUUUGCCGCCCCGCGUGUUUGGCUUGGACGACGAGGUGCGCACUCCAUCGACGCCAUACUUUGACGCUCCAGCUGAAGCCACUCGUGUGGUUCCGCUUGCGGAUCGUGCCUCGAGCGUCGUCAGUCCUGCUGGAUCGUUUGUGCGACAGCGAAAUGUGUCCAUGACAUCGGUGCCCAGAAUACCUCUUGAGCUUGCGGCAGCCGCUGCGGAGCGUCCGGUGGAGAAACCGGUCAAGAUGAAUUUGGCACAACGAGCUCGUGCUCUCAGCUUCAAAGGGCCCUUGCUGCGCCAGAAAGCGUCGAUGCCCUCGCUCGGGGUUAGCAAGAAGGAGGAUGCAGCCAACGAAAAUGGCGCAGCUGUGCCGGCCAUCCCGACGGGUCGACCAGGGUCCGCGGACUCGAUCUCGGUCGAGCCGCAAGCGGACCAUAACACGCCUUUGGAUGUCCAGACCAACUCGACUAUUACGAUUAGGCCGGGCUCGAACCGGCCGCGCGCGUCGACGGCUUCUGCGCUGGUGAGCGCGUCAACGUCAGCUGGCACCAUCAGUCAGCGUCGCAAGAACAGUCAAGUUGGCGAGAGAGUGAUGCAGGGCUUGUCGGACGAGUUAGAGGAGCUCAGUUUGAUGGAGGAUGUUGACGCGAAAUCGAUGAGCCGGCAGAGAUCAACUUCGCAGCCGGGAUCACGGAGGCCAUCCAUUCCGACGGCAUUCGUGUCGGCCAACGCCAGCGCUUCGGGUGGGGCGCUGCCUGCAACGCUCGGGGGUGGAGCAAAUGGGCAUCACCUGCCGCCGCCCGUGCCUGAUCUCGCGAGGACGUUGUCUGCGCUCGAACUGAAAAGGGUUGUCGAUACGCACGCGGCGGGAAAGGUAGGCGGAGCGGAUGCUUCGUUUUCCACGACCAAUGUGGGCGACAUAUCGAUCUCGACGCUAGCUAUGCCGUUGCCGAAGCCGUUGUUGGUGGAUGGGCUGGCGGGAGCAGAUAAGCGCGAUGACAUGGCGACGGACGGAUUGCUGAUCACUGACAUUUUCCCGUCAGGUCUACCGUCGCUUGCUGCGGGUGCGCCAUCGUACGCGUCGGGGAUCCAUACGGGACGGGCGCUUUCAGCGUCGAUUCGCGUGGCGGCGCAUCCGCUGCUGCGACCGUUCUGCGUCAUGGAUCAACUUCGGCUUUCGAUUGUGUCAGGAGCGCAAAUCACGGAGCGGCUCUAUGUGUCGCGUGACAUGUGGCGCCAAGCGGGUGUGAAGCUGGUUUCCGUCGAGACAAAAGUGAGGGCGAUCGAGGUGCUAUUGAGCGCGCUCGAGACGGUGGAAAAGGUGGGCGAGGCAUUGUUGAUGCCGCUGGGAAGUGGGGCUGGAUUGGAGACGUCGAAUGCGAGCCGAUUUGUCAAGUGUCUGGAUGAGUGGGAGGUGGUACUUGUAGAGGUGCAGGGCAACCUGUGCAAGAAGCUGCCGUUUUUGGAGGCGGCUGGUAGGGAAGCGUUGGUGGGCGCCAAGAGCAAGUUUACAAGUGGGUUUGGGAGCAGGUUCACGCGCGGCUUGGAUCGGAUGACGGGCGGAGCGGGUCAGGCCAAGACGUUGGAUUCGAGCAGUAUGGGGGUAUAUGUGGAUGCGCUUGUCAAGCUGUUUGCCAAAGCGGGCGUGUUGGAAACGCAUCUGCGCUGGUUGCUUGUCGCUGACGGCUCGGUAGAAGCUCUCGCCAAUGCUACUGUAGCAACGCGCACAAACGCUGAUCAGCCUCUUGCUUCGCCCACAUCUGCUAUCGGACAAGCACACACAAACCGUACCGCCUACUCAGCGCUACCAUCCACACUGCGCUCGUCGAUCCUCGCCAAACUCGCAAAAUCCGGCGUCUUCUUCAACAACAUCGUCCUAGCUUGGGUCCUCAACGACCUAGCGCUCCUAGUCCACAGAGCAGUCAGCCCGAAAACGCCGCGUCCCUCCUCAGCCUGGUUCGACUAA